AUGUGGUGGGCCAAAGACAAAGAGGGUAGCUCGUCAAAGCAGGUGGAAGUAAAAUUUGCGAAGGCGGCGCGCGGGCUGCGCCUGCGCCGAAGCCCGGACGCGGGGCAAUUUUCGAACAAAACCGGUCGUCCUCUGUCGUCACGUAUCUACCUGACAUUUUAUGUAAAAAAAAGUGAAAAGUGGCUCGCAUAUGAGAACAUCAAAGAAGAAGUCCUAGAGAAGAUACGCAAGCUUGAAGAAGAACGUCAUGCCGUCGACCUCUGGUCUUGCGGACCUGAGUGGGGUCGAAAGAGACGCAGGAGACAGGUGACUGUCUCCCCUCCAUACGUAGUUUACAUGCUGCCUGAUGCUGAUAUCAUGGAAGAUUGGAGAUUGGUCCGGAAACUUCUAGAAAGACCAGAAGCAGCACCAAAAACCGAAGGAGUUAAUUAA